AUGGCUCGGCCUUUAUUCCGGCGCUGGUAUUUCGAGGCCGAAGUCGAGCACAUUGAGAAAAUGACGAAAGAGGAUCCAUAUCUCCGUAUCGGUUGGGCUAAUAGCGUCGGCUUUAAGCCAUUCCCAGGAUCUGGUGAUAAAUGGGGCUGUAAUGGUGUGGGUGACGACUUCUACUCAUAUGGAUUCGAUGGGCGGCACGUCUUCUUUGCCGGCCGCGGACGAGUUGUAGCACCGAAAAAACUUGAAAAAGGCGACGUCGUGGGAUGUGCACUAGAUUUGAAUGUGCCCGAACUCAGGUUCACCGUCAAUGGACGCGACGUUGGAGCAAGCUAUCGAGAUUUCAACACCGACGGUUAUUUCUUCCCUGUGAUGUCGUUAAGUGCCAAAGUCAGUUGCCGUUUCAUUUUCGGUGGUGAUCAAGGCCGACUUCGUUUCGGACCUCCGCCUGGGUUCUCUGCAGUGGUGGAGGCUGUCAGCGGUGAACUGCAGAUAUCAGAUUGCUUGUCAUUCGGCGAUCUACCCAAGAACGUCUAUUGUGGUCCCCAUACGCUAUUUACUACAGUAGAGCCAUUUGUACCGCAACCAGUUGAUAUCAGCAAUAUCAUACUGCAUCACCAUGCUCAAGAAAUCCACCAGAAAUUCGCGGAAAAUCUUCACGAGUUAUGGGCCAUGCGAAAGAUUGAGCUUGGCUGGAGUUAUGGCGAGGUGAGACUCGCUCCGAAGCCACAAAGGAAGCACCCGUGUCUCACUUCAUUCGAUCGUCUCCCAUCCACUGAGAAACAGUACAAUAUCAACUUGUCUCUGGAUACAAUGAAAACAAUUGAAGCACUUGGUUAUCACCUUAUCACUGAUGCUCCCCCAACGAGGCUUCGACCUGUUCGAUUAGCGCCAAAGUGA